AUGAUGCAGACAGUCUAUGAUGCAGACGCAGUCUAUGAUGCAGACACAGUCUAUGAUGCAGACACAGUCUAUGAUGCAGACACAGUCUAUGAUGCAGACGCAGUCUAUGAUCCAGACGCAGUCUCUGAUGCAGACGCAGUCUAUGAUCCAGACGCAGUCUAUGAUGCAGACACAGUCUAUGAUGCAGACACAGUCUAUGAUGCAGACGCAGUCUAUGAUGCAGACGCAGUCUAUGAUGCAGACGCAGUCUAUGAUGCAGACACAGUCUAUGAUGCAGACACAGUCUAUGAUGCAGACGCAGUCUAUGAUGCAGACAGUCUAUGA